CUGGGGUCCCAGCUGCUGCCCCCAGUCCAGCAGCCCCCUGAGCUGACGGGAGGCGCGUCUGAGCAGCUCGUGGUGUUCCCCAGCGACGACGCUGUGCUCAAGUGCGCGGCCAGCGGCAACCCGCCCGUGCAGUUCCGCUGGGACGGUAAUGGCCGCCUCCCUUCCCGGCCCCUCGUCCUGUCCCCGGCGGAGCUCGUGGGGUCUCGUAUGUCCCCGGGGGGCACCUUGGUCAUCAACGCCAGCCUGGCCGGGCGCCUGCAGGGGCCGGGUUCCGGCCAAGGGCCACCCAACGCUGCUGGGGACAGCGCUAAGUCACCCGAGAGCAGGGUCAUCGCUGAGACCCCGCCGCAGUGGCCCAAGGAGAAGGUGACGCCGGUGCAGGUGGAGGAGGGGGACCCCGUGGUGCUGCCCUGCGAGCCCCCCCCGAGCGCCGUGCCCCCCCGGAUCUACUGGCUCAACAGCCGGAUCGUGCACAUCGCGCAGGACGCGCGGGUGAGCAUGGGCCAGGACGGGUUCCUGUACUUUGCCAAUGCCCAGGUCGGGGACAGCCACCCCGAUUACAUCUGCCACGCCCAUUACCUGGGGCCCCGAACCAUCAUCCAGAAGGAGCCGCUGGUCCUGCGCGUCACCCCCAGUAACUCGGUGAAGUCGCGGCCGCCCCGCCUGGUGGUCCCCAGGGACCCCCAACCCACCCACGUGGCCCUGAGGGGGGAGACCCUGGUGCUGGAGUGCAUCGCCGAGGGGCUCCCCACGCCCUGGGUGUGGUGGCGCCGGCUGAACGCGCCGCUGCCGCCGGGCCGGGCCGUGCUGGACAACUUCAACCACACGCUGCGGCUGCUCAACGUCAGCGAGGCCGACGACGGCGACUACGAGUGCGCGGCCACCAACGGGCUGGGCACGGCCAGGAGGAGCCACCGCGUCACCGUGCAGGCCGCCCCGUACUGGCUGCGGCGGCCGCAGAGCGGGGUGUUCGGCCCGGGCGAGACGGCGCGCCUGGACUGCCAGGUGGGCGGCAAACCCCGACCCCGCGUCAGCUGGAGCCUCAACGGGGUCCCCAUCGACGAGCUGCCUGACCCGGGCCGCCGCACUCUCCGGGACGGGACCCCCAAAAAUCCUGCUCAGGACCCCCGGAAGUGUGCCAAGGACCCCAAAAACCUGCCCAGGACCCCAGAAGUUGCUCAGGGCCCCAAGAAUUUGCUCAGGACCCCCAAAACCUGCUCAGGACCCCCAGAAUUUGCUCAGGACUCCAAACCUGCUCAGACCCCCCAGAAGUUGGCUGAGCCGCUGGGAGCCGCCCUGCAGGGCGAUGGCGCCAUCAACGUCAAGCCACGGCUCCGUCACCUGGGCGCGACGCAAGCCGGAAGAGCAUCACGUGCAACGGCACAGCAACUGCUUAGCCGUCAGCGCCCCGACUGGGCGUCGCAGCUGGCGUUUGUCCCCGUGACGUGGCUGCACUGGUUCCCUGUGUCCGCCGUCAACGCUACGGAGGCGAAGCCCAGCGCCAGCCUAGCCACUGUCCAGCAAUCGCCGCUGCCCCGGGAAACUGGAACGCCCCUGAGCUCCAGUGCACCUGGUGUGCAGUGGCGGCGCUGGCCGGGUUUGGGGCCGCUGGGCCGAGGUGGCCACGCGGGAGCUUAUGAAUAUACUGAUGGCCUGGUGGUGGACCCCACCAAAUUUCAGCGCCACGAGCCGAGCCUGAGCAGGGCCUCAAGCGACCCAAGGGGACACCUGAGGGGCUACCGGGUGCUGUACUGGCGGGACGGGUGGGUGGGGGAGCACCCCGGCCCCCCGGGAGCCCCUGAGCCCCUCCAGCCGGGGGCGCUGGACGGUGCCGGGCGAGGCCGGGGGCCCCUGCUGGGGCUGCAGCCCUGGAGCUGCCACCGGCUGCAGGUGCUCGUGUUCAACGGGAGGGGCGGCGGACCCCCAGCCGGGAUCCGCUUCCACACCCCGAGGGGGGGUGUGAGCGCCUCUGACCCCAAAAGUGCCCCCCCAGUGCUGCCGGUGCUGGGCACGGUCGGGUUUGGGGAGGUGGGCGAGGAUUUCACGGAGCUGCGCUGGACCCUGGCCCAGCCGCAGGCCAACAUCGAGUUCGAGGUCGAGUACAUGAGCAAAACCACGGAGGAGCCCUGGCGCUCCUCGGGCCGGGCCAACUCCUCCCUGGGCCGGUACCGGCUCGGGGACCUCCGGCCCGGGACCUCGUACCGGGUGCAGUUCGUGGGCAGGAACCACUCGGGGGAGCGCGUGGCGUUCUGGGAGAGCGAGGUGCACACCAACGGCACCUUGCUGCCGCGCCCCGCGGGCGGUUUCGCCACCGAGGGCUGGUUCAUCGGCUUCGUGAGCGCCGCGGUGCUGCUGCUGCUGCUGCUCCUCAUCCUCUGCUUCAUCAAGCGCAGCAAGGGGGGCAAGUAUUCGGUGAAGGACAAGGAGGACACGCAGGUGGACUCGGAGGCGCGGCCCAUGAAGGACGAGACCUUCGGGGAGUACCGGUCCCUGGAGAGCGACGGCGAGGAGAAGGCCUCGGGCAGCUCGGGGCGCUCUCUGGGCGCGGCGGGCGCGGCGCUGGGCAGCGAUGACAGCCUGGCCGGCUACGGCGGCAGCGCCGACGUGCAGUUCAACGAGGACGGCUCCUUCAUCGGGCAGUACAGCGGCGCCCGCGGCACGGCCGCCGGCAGCUCCGGCCCCGCCAGCCCCUCGGCCGCCGCCCCCCUCGACUGAGGGACCCCCGCCCCGGGGGGGGCACUGGGGGCGUCACCACAGCCACGGGGGCGUGCUGAGCGUGGGGCGGGGCCACCGUGGUGCUGGGGACAUCCCUGGGUCAUGGGGGGACACCCCAGUGGUGGUGGGGACCCCCCAGUGUCACAGUGGGACCCCCAUCCAAUGGGACCCCCAAUGUCACAAUGGGACCCCUCACCAGCACUGGGGACCCCCCCCAUGACAUAGCAGGACCCCCAUGACCCUGGGGACCCCCAUGUGUCACUGGGACCCCCCCUCCAUGGCCCUGGGACACCCCCCAAACCCAAGGGGGACCCCCAGACCCCCCCACAUUUAAGGGCCCCCUCCCCUCCCAUUUAAGGGCCCCCCCACCCCCUUCACUGCCAAAGGGGGGGUCCCUUAAACCCCCCCCCCUCAAUUUGGGGGGGUUGUUUGGGGUUGGUGGGGGGGGGCACAGGAUGCCCCCCAAAAACACCUCACAGCGGUGGGGGGAGGGUGGGGACCCCCCUGUUGGACUCAGCCAA